AUGGAAGGGGACGGCGAGACCUCGGCGGCGGAGGCGGCGCUCGGACUGAACCCUCAGACCUUCAUCAACGAGGUCCUCAACUUCGUCGACGACAUCUGCUUCCAGGCCUUCGAGUACUGCCUCCAGGAAGGCGCCCCCACGGCGGUCGGCGCCGCCACGGCGACCAAUAAGGCCGAGGAGCUGAAACGGGGAGUAAAUGAAAUUCACCACUUGGUAAAGCAUGUAUUGGACAAGAGAAUGAACAAUUGGGAGAUGUAUUGCCUUCGGAAGUGUUUAACUGUACCUGAAGGAUUUGUGCCACCUGAAGAUGAUAAUUCUUCUGCAAUGGUGUUGCAUAAAGAAGGGAAUUCUGAUUUGGAACUGGAUGCAGAACUUAAUUCUUUGAGAAAAAAACUGGCAGAUGCUAACAAGGAAUCUGAAGAACUUCAAAGAGAAAUUUCUUCCUUGGAAAGGCAAACUACAUACAAGAGUAACCUUAAUUCCUCUAUCGCUGAAGUACUGAAGUUGUUUGAAGACAAAUCUGUUCAAGAGAAUAUACAAGCUAUUGCGAACACAAUACCAAAAUUGCACCAGAAAAUGAAGGUUAUGAAAAGGAAAAAGGUUGAGCUUGAGGCCAUGGUGGGCCAAAAUGUUUGGAACGUCAAUUGUCUUAGAGACCAGAAGCGUUUAGCACCAGGUUCCGCUCCUAGCACCGAGGACAUUCAAGAGGUGAACGCGGCUGUGAAUGGCUCGCGGGAGGAGUAA